AUCCUUUCACGACAUUUUCCGAAAGUCAGCUCGUUCCUACUCGUAUUCUUUCGUAGUCGAUCGCUGAUUCCCGGAUCAUUCUUGCAAAUCAAAAAAAAGAGUUUAGGCACAUUUUGUGAACAAUGGCAGCGGCAUUAGGACGUGUUAUAAUUUACGGUGGUAACGGAGCCCUGGGUUCUGCUUGUGUUUCCCAAUUUAAAUCAAAAAAUUGGUGGGUUGGAUCUAUUGAUAUGAAACCCAAUGAAACUGCAGAUGCUAAUAUUGUUGUAAAUGGUAAUAGAAACUGGCAGGAUCAGGAAUCUGAUAUCUUAUCAGAAAUAAAAGAUAUUCUGAAAGAAGACAAAAUAGAUGGAGUGAUUUGUGUAGCAGGUGGAUGGGCUGGAGGAAAUGUUUCAAGCUCAAAUUUUAUCAAAAAUAAUGAUCUUACGUGGAAACAAAGUGUUUGGAGUUCAACUAUUGCAGCAAGUAUUGCCUCUCAUUAUUUGAAACAAGGAGGAUUUCUUGCAUUGACUGGUGCUAAAGCUGCAUUAGAAGGAACACCAGAUAUGAUUGGUUAUGGAAUGGCUAAGGCAGCAGUCCAUCAAUUGACCAAGUCUUUAGCUUCCAAGGGUAGUGGUCUUCCUCAUGGUUCUAUUGUUGCUACUAUCUUACCUGUUAUUUUGGAUACUCCAUUGAAUAGAACGUGGAUGCCUAAAGCUGAUACAAGUACAUGGACACCUCUUGAAUUUAUAUCAGACUUGUUUUGGAAAUGGUCUCAAAAUCAAGACCGUCCCUCCAAUGGUAGUCUUGUUCAAUUGAUUACUAAAGACUAUGAGACAACAUUGAUAACAGUUUAAAAAUGGAAAUGAAACUCUGAAGAUGAUAAAAGAUUAAUGGGAGUAACAAUUUCUAACAGCAUUUAUGAUAAUAAAUAAUUACUUACUAUAAAAAACAUACUCUAUGUCUCUAAAUAAAUUCUGUGAAUAUGCAAAUAUAUUGUUAACAUUAUCUGUUA